GACAGGCAGCCCUGCAGCCUCUGUUGGACCAAUUACCGGGCCGGUCUGUGCUCUGCCCCGCCGAGCGUGUUUUCCUGGGCGGCUCUGCUCGCUGAGCCAGGACAGUCAGACAGACAGUCAGCGGGACAAACAGACGCUACCAAGUUUGCAAUGGGGUCGUGUUGGGCUCUGGUGUGCUCCACUGCAUUUGUUUUGGUUUUACUGAGUUCAGCAUCCAACGAUGAGUAUGACAUGGAGCAGCGUGAGAUCACCUUUGACCUUGACAAAAUCAUGCAAGAGAUGGAGCUACCAGAUUCCGUCAUAAUGCAGAGAGAGGUGGACGUGACAGAUCUCUUCAAUCCCAGGGGUCCACCCAGGUUUGGGCCCCGUUCCUUCGGGGGUCCUCCCUUCCUGGAAUAUGACGUUCAGUUCCCACUUGGCCGACCGAACUCCGACAAUCUCCAGGGCAUCUGUCUCAACGGAGACCUUCGUCCCCGCUACCCAGACUCCUUCUUCCCUGCCUCUGGUUUCGGCCAGCAGAGGCGAAGAGCCACUGCCGUCAAUAACGCAGAGUCCUGGUUCAGUACGUGCUGCAAAGGGAACCAGACAUGGGGGAGUGAAGUGACACUGUGUUGCGCCACACAGGCGUGGGAGCUUUCAGUCCGAUCCUUCUGUGAAGAGGACUCAUCGAUAAAGGAUCGUCUUUAUCAAUGCUGCAGACUGACGCGCAGCGAGUGGCUAAACUGCUUCAACAACGACGCUAAAAACCCGAACUACGACGCAACCUUGGAGCUGCCGGUAGAACAGCUUCCCUCUGCUGCCGGCUUCAGCUUUGACCCCAACACUUGCCAGAGGACAGUGAUGACUCCUUACAGUGUCAGACAGAGCAGAAAAAAGAAGAAGGUGAAAUCCCCUGCUUCUCAGAAGGUUGACAUCAGCUUUCCUCCUGGACGGCCGACCGCAGACAACAUCGAAUCACUGUGUCGCGACCAGAAUCUGCGCCCCCUCUAUAAAGUCAACUGCCUGCCAAAGUCAGGCUAUGAACUGCUGACUCGUCAGGCGAGGACCAUUAAUCGUGUAGAAAAGGGAUUCAAAAAGUGCUGCAAAAAGAAGAAGAAUGUGCUCAACUGUGCUGAUCAUAAGUGGCGUAAGGAGCUUAACAAGUUUUGCGUGGAUGAGACAGGUGGACAGGUGGAUUUCCACUGUUGUGUGGGUGAGCAAUACAGCUGUUUCCAAAACAUUUCUCCGGACCCACAUUAUAAUAUGAGCGCCGCUGAAGAGCUGUCACUCAACAACAUCUGUGACACUCACAAGAUCACCAAGGGGAAGUUCCCUGGAAGUUUUCCCCUCCACACCUUUGUGAAGCAAUGCUGCCCCCUGUCUGAAGUGCGGAAGAACACCUGUAUGAGGCUGGCGAUUGGGAACAUGUCAGAGAUGUGUUCAGAGAACUCUCAUCCAGCCGUCAGUCGAUGUUGCCGCAUGUCUUCACAAACAACUUCACAGUGUCUCUCCCAACUUCUCAUGGAUGCCAUCAGGAAGGCAACCAACGAGAAGAAGAAGAAAAAGUGCCCUCUGUCCUAAACAUUUAUGAGCUCUUGCUGCUGACCCUGCUUGCUCUGGGCCAUUCAGGGAAGCCACGUCUGUGAGAAAAUGUUGACCAAAUUCUAGCUUCAUCUCCUGCCAGUGUUACUUGCAUUUACUUUUUCACCUGAGAUCACAUGAGAAGCAUUGUUAUCACAAUAUAACAGAAGUAUUGUUAAAUGCUUAGUUUCUAAAAUAGACUGUUGUCUGCGUCACUGUACCACUAUUUUUAUAGGCUGCUCGAUACAUAUUUGAUUAUAAAUGCAUUUUAUUGAUUCACGUGGAGCUGCAAGAUCAGUUCUCUUCUUUUUAUAUGUAUUAGUGGUUAAGAUCAUAUCUACAACAGUUCUAAUAAAAACGUUUUUAAAUGUA